AUGUUGACUAGCUUUCAGACAUUUGAAUUCAUGCAAGGACGCACUAGCGUUCAGGCUGGCAUCGUUCUUGAUCUCAGAGAUCAGCAGACUGGUGUCCCACUGUGGUCGCUGCCGUGCUCGGUGUCCAUGCGCAAGGAUAUCAUCGUCGCAUGUGAAAACCACCAGGUUGCACAAACGAGGCGCAUCAUCACAUCUCCUGCGCCGCUUGAGUCGACGUCGUUAGUGUUUGCUUAUAGGCUUGACCUAUCCUUCACUCGUGUCGUGCCCUCAAGCAGCUUUGACGUGCUGAGCGAGAACUUCAACAAGGCACAGCUCGUCUUCGCCGUCGGCGGUGUAUCAUUGGCCAUUGUCAUCGCGAAACCGAUGGCCAGCGGAAAGCGGCUGCGGGAGAGGUGGUAUGACUAG